UCCGGCCCCGCCCCCAGCCCGUGCUCUUGGGGUCCUGGUCUCUAGGCUCCGGAGGGGUGGGUCGCUCGUUGGCGGGUGCUGGGUUCUGAGCUGGCUCAGCUCGUCGCAGGUGACUACUGGAGCUGACACCCAGCACCGCGGUGGAUCUGCGCGCCCCCUUGCUGCAGCAUCGCCUGGCCGAGCUGCGGAGCUGCACUCGCUGUCCCUGGCGUGCUGUGGCCUCGCCUAGCUCUGCGCUUUUGCUCUCAGAGGUACUGGAGGUCGGAGUCUGCAGGAGGCUGGAGAGUUGGUGCAAGCUACGCGCAUGACAGCUUGAACUUUCUUGGGGAUUCCUCUACCAGCCCGUUAGAUCGUGCCUUGCAUGUCACCAGAUAACAAAAUUAAAUAUUCCCUCCAGUGCCCUUUUGGAUUAUUUUGACUUCUCUCCUUAAAAACUGACGAAAAGACCAACUCCUCCCACUGUCAGGAACUAUCUUGUCUUCAGAGUCUGGGAUAAGGGCUUGCAAAUGAGAAAGCUAUCUAUGUCUCUGCGGUCCUUCCACUUCUAACACUCCCAGAGAAGCUUCGUUUCUACCGUUUUUCUAGUCUUCAGAGAGAUUUCUCCAGAGCAAUGACCUAGAAGACUUGAUCAGUUACGAUUAGAGUGACGUUGUUUCCUGGGCCCCCAAAAUGGCAGCUAAAAUGGAGAUAACUUUGAGUACCUACACUGAGGACACUGACAAGCAAGAGAGACACAUCAUAAUGAAGCUGGAGGAGAAACGUGGAACCCCUCAGCAAAAAUUCGGCCCUGAUCCUGAGCUUUCCCGCCAGAGCUUCAGACACUUUUCUUAUCAGGAGGUGUCUGGACCCCAGGAAGCGCUCUCCCGCCUUCGACAGCUCUGCAGACAGUGGCUGCAGCCUGACCUACACACUAAGGAGCAGAUUUUGGAGCUCCUAGUGAUGGAGCAGUUUCUGGUCAUCCUUCCUCCAGAGAUCCAGGCGCAGGUCAGGCAUCGAUAUCCAAUGAGCGGCAAGGAGAUUGUGACUCUGGUGGAAGAUUUACACAGAGCAUCCAAAAAACCAAAGCAAUGGGUGGCUGUUUGUCUGCAAGGGCAGAAGGUGCUCCUGGAAAGAACAGCAGCUCAGCCUGGAGAACAAGAACUUCCAGACUUUCAGCUCCAAACUCAUAGCAGAGAUAUUCAAGAGAACUCCCUGGAGGAGCCUUCCUGGGAAGGGUCUCAUGCCCAGCUGAGUCCCCGUCAUUGUGAGAAAUAUCCCUUCUACCAGGAACCAGUUCCCAAACUGACUGAGACAGAGGCCUCCAAGAUGAGAAGAGACAAGGAAAACCCACAACAGGAAGGGGCAAAAGGAGCAGAGACACAUGCAGUGUCACCCGCGAGAUCCAAAGUGGGUAGUCUGCACGGCCCUGAGCCAAGACGGGUGAGCACGAGUGAGCCCCGGUUGUCACAGAGGCAGGCCAGAACCCCAAAUGCUCAGAAGGCAUGUGCUCACUACCAGAGGCAUUGCAGAGAACUGGACUAUAUCAGCAGCCCUCUCAGAGGCUACCCACUGAGAGAGUUAAAGAAAAGCAAACGAGGCAGAAGAAGCCUGAACAGUCUUCUGCAGUGUCUUAGCCACCAGGCAGCCCGCGCAGCAAAGAAACCUUACAAAUGCGAUGACUGUGGGAAGAGCUUCACGUGGAAUUCAGAGCUGAAGCGACACAAGAGAGUACACACAGGAGAGAGACCCUACGUCUGUGGGGAGUGUGGAAACCGCUUUGGGAGGCAGUCAACUCUGAAACUGCACCAGAGAAUCCACACUGGGGAGAAACCAUACCAGUGCAGCCAGUGUGGGAAAAGCUUUCGCCAAAGCUCAAAUCUCCACCAGCACCACAGGCUUCACCAUGGGGACUAGACAGGUGCUGGGUGCUUUAGAGGCCCAGGGAAGGGCGACCUAUCUCUCCUUUCCCUUACUUGCAGGUAAAUCACAGAACAAGUGGCCCUUGGGGAGUGAUGGAGCCUGUCUGCAAAGCUGGAUGAUCUGGGUGUUGGGGAAGAACUGCAUUCUUGGCAGAGUGGGGACUAGUUACUGAGAAUAGUUAGGCUGAGCCACAAGUGAUUUUAAUUAAUUUAAUCGAUCCUUAAUUAACUUAUUCUUGUUGCUUUGUCUUAUAUAGUUCUCAUGUGCACUCUUGAGCUAUUCACUAGAAUUUCAAGAAAACGCUCACCGGGGAGACCUCUAAUAGUCUUUCUGCAAUUAACCUUUUUGUUGUUGGUGGUGGUUUUUCAUUAAUUUUUAUUUAUUUUUGAAGCAGGGUUUCUCUGCCCUGGCUGUCCUGAAACUUACUCUGUCGGCCAGGCUGACGUCAAACUCAGAGAUCCGCCUGCCUCUGCUCCCAAGUGAUGUGAUUAAAGGCGUGCGCCACCAAGUGGUAGAUAGCACUUUUAUUAAAAAGUUGUAUUUGAGGGAUUUUUCUUAUAGCAAACUUGAUUUACUUCAGUCCAAGAUACAAGGAAAAGCUCCAGGGAGAAGUAAAUACUGUUCUGGUAGACAGGGGAAUCCUGCCUGUUCUUUCUCAAGUAAGACAUUAGCUUUAAGACUGUGACUGGCAUUUUCGAUGUUUACAAUUGGAUUAUGGUGAUGGCUACACAACUCAGUGACUCCAAGAAAAUUACUGAAAUGGGUUAAUUUAUGAUAAGUACCUGGACAGCACUUUUUAAAUGACAGAACACUAUAUUUAUAUAGUGUUAGUGUUUCAAAACUGGGUUGGGGACACCAUCCUGUGCCAAACUCUUGUUUCCUCAAAGUAGAAAGUAGAACCCAGUCAGUAUCACCCUAGGCAAGGCAUCCUCUUCCUCGGUCAGGCAGACAGGAUGCAUAAUUUGUACAGACAGUAGGAGGUGACCGUUCUUCUGAAGGCAUCAAUACCAAGUCACUGCCUUUAUCUUCAGUAUUCAGCUUGUCCUUACUUCUUCCCCAGCCCGCAUACAAGUACUGGCUGGAGCCUCUAUAGUUCUCCCCACCAAGCACACAUACCCUUCCCUCAAGGCCAGCUUCACUGUUGUCUCUGGGUAACUUCUGAGUCUCAGUCGUGUCUGUGUCUGUUCUAUAGGUGCUGUAACAAAUGACCGCGAACUUGGUGGCUUAACACUAAAAUUUCUCUUGUACGACUGGAAGCUAAAGUCUGGAAUCAGUUUCACUCAGCCAGAAUCACCUUGGGCAGGGCUUUCUUUCCUUUGGAGAGGUGGAUCAGUUUCCUUGACUUUUUCAGCUUCUAGCAGCCUCCGACAUUCUUGGACUCAUGGCUCCUUCAUCCUUAAAGUACAUUUUUUGACUCUCCAUCUUGCCUAACCUUGUCUAACUCUGGCCCUCCUGGAUCUCUCUUAGAAAGAUGCUUAUAUUUGGCCUAGGAGGAUUAUCUCCCCAUCUCAAGAUCCUUAAUAACAUCCACCAAAAGUUCCUUUUGCCAUUUAAGGUGACAUUCGCUGGUUCAGGGAUUAGGAUAUGAAUGUAUGUGGAGGACCAUCAUUUGGCCUACAUACCAUGUCUGUAUAUCUUGGGUCAACUUGGUCACCCAAAGUGGUGAGAAGGAACAUAGAGUUAUUUACAAGGGUUGGCAUAGGGACACUUCCUAGAGUUUUGCGUCUUGGGAUAUUUUAUAGCGCUGUAUAUUUCCUCUCUUCAGAUUAUACAUCAGUCUUUGGGUACCUAUUCGACUGUAGACCUUGAAUUUGUAUGACAAACUCACAGCCAACAUCAUUCUUUUCCCUGACACCACCUUGCCUCCCUGCCUCUAGCCCAGUUUCCCUUUGCAUAGGGCUCACUUCAGACAACUAAUGGGAGUAAGUCUGUGCUCAGAUGUGGCCCCCUCGUCUCCUUUGCCUGUGCAUGCUUCACCAGAGCCUCAGCAACAAGUCUUGACCGACUUUCCUUGCAGCCAGCUUCCUUUUGCAGGACCCCAGAAUAAGAAAACAGCAUUUCUCCCCUCACAUGCAUCGCUUGCUCUAGGCAUGCCGUUGGUCCUGCCUAACAUAUUGGUGUCAGGUUAGGCUUUCAGUGUUUGAUCUCUGAGUUACCCCCAGGGAGACCCAUGGAGAAAAGAAGCAUUGGCAGACAGUGGAGGUCUGUACAUCUAAAGAGCAUUUUCCCAUCCACAGCAGACAAGGUACAAACCAAUCUCACAAUACAACUGUCCCUCUCAAUAACACUGGCAGUGACUCCUCACAGAAUAGACUGUAAAUAUCUCCCUGACUCUUCCUGAAAUCGAAAUGCUUCCUUCUUAUUGCGUCACUGAAGCAUUGCACAUACCAGAAAACUUGUGCGUUUAUAGCACACAGUGCAGUGGCAACAGUAGUAUUCAACGCUGUGCCAGUGUCAUCGUGAGCUCAUGAUAGGGCACUGCCAGUAUCACAAAGUACUCUUAAACGUUAGCAGUCACUCCCCGGUGCCCUCACACCUGCGCCUCUGGAUCCUAUCGUAGGGUCCACACACACUGUAUCACAUGCCAGCACUUUAUUCCUUUUAUUUCCUGGGAGCCUUGCAUUACAUGAAGGGGCAUUGAGCUCAGCCACUGGCUGAUGGACGUUGUAGAACUGCACUUUGGCUGAUGUGAGCAGAGUAAUGCUGCCAUGAACAUUGAUAUUUAAGUUUUUAUGUUUCGUUCCUCUAGUGCACAUGCCUAAAGAUUGAUUUGCUAGGUCAUGUGGUAAUUCUGUUUAACUUUUCUAGGAAACAAUCAAAUGGUUUACAAUGCACAUUUUACAUUUCAACCAGCAGUGUAUAAGGGUUCCAGUUUCUCCACUCUAACAUAAUUUAUUACUGCCUUUUGUUAGUUUGUUUUGAGACAGGGUCUCAUGGCUGGCAUACAACUCACAAUCCUAAGGAUGAUCUUGAACUCUUGAUCCUUCUGUCUCCACCUCCCAAGUGUCAAGAUUAUAGGCAUGUGUCACCAUGUGCAGUGUUCCUGGAAUGUGUCUUGAUUGUUAUCCUAGUCAGUGUGGAGUGUGUGUCAUGAUCUUGACUUUCCUUUUCCCUAAUUAUGUAUUUGUUUAUUAUGUUUAUUUGCUUUGAAGAAAUGGCCAUUCAAAACUCCCCUCCUCCCUGAUGUUUUGAGACAGUGUCUUGCUGUAUAGGCCUAGCUGGCCUAGAACUCAAUAUGUAGAUCAGGCUGGCCAUGAAUUUGAGAUAAUGCUGCCUCUGUUUUCCAAACCUUUUGAGUUUUGUUGUUUCUGAAACAGAGUCUUGCUCUGCAGGAUAAGCUAGCUAGACUUACCUUGAAUUUGCAGCAAUCCUCUUGCCUCAGUCUUGAGUCUUAGGAUUACAGGUAUGAGCCACCAUAACUGUCUCUGUGGCCAGUUAAAAUGGAUUGUCAUUUUUGUUGCUGAGUUGUAAUAAUUCUUUAAAUAUUCUGGAA